AUGGGAAACGUGUGGAGCAGAGGGGUGCAGGGGAGCGGUAUUGGGGACCAGUGCUCUGAGGGGAGCGGUAUUGGGGACCAGUGCUCUGAGGGGAGCGGUAUUGGGGACCAGUGCUCUGAGGGGAGCGGUAUUGGGGACCAGUGCUCUGAGGGGAGCGGUAUUGGGGACCAGUGCUCUGAGGGGAGCGGUAUUGGGGACCAGUGCUCUGAGGGGAGCGGUAUUGGGGACCAGUGCUCUGAGGGGAGCGGUAUUGGGGACCAGUGCUCUGAGGGGAGCGGUCUAGGGUGCUCUGAGGGGAGCGGUAUUGGGGACCAGUGCUCUGAGGGGAGCGGUAUUGGGGACCAGUGCUCUGAGGGGAACGGUAUUGGGGACCAGUGCUCUGAGGGGAACGGUAUUGGGGACCAGUGCUCUGAGGGGAACGGUAUUGGGGACCAGUGCUCUGAGGGGAACGGUAUUGGGGACCAGUGCUCUGAGGGGAACGGUAUUGGGGACCAGUGCUCUGAGGGGAACGGUAUUGGGGACCAGUGCUCCGAGGGGAGCAGUAUUGGGGACCAGUGCUCUGAGGGGAACGGUAUUGGGGACCAGUGCUCUGAGGGGAGCG